ACAUCCCUUCCCCAACUAGGCAAAGCACAGUGCGUGCAAGUUCAUCCUUCCCACCCCUCUCCUCUUCCUCCCUGCUCCCAGAGAAGAGCUUCCAGCAAACAGCUGCUGCUCACACUGCUCUGCCUUCAGCCCCUGCACCAAGUUCCUCCCUGUGCUGUAGGAGGCAGGAUGCAGCCUGGAUUCUUGCUGGCAGCCAGCACCCUGGCAGCAGUGCUGGGCAUGGCCCUGCUGGAGGACGGGGUGUGCAAGGCACCGGAUGGCAAGAACGGCUCCCCGGGAGCCCCCGGCCGUCCUGGGAGGCCGGGGCAGAAGGGUGACAUGGGAGAGCCAGGGAGACCAGGGCUGAGCAUGAGCAACCGUGGACCCAGAGGGGAUACAGGCGAACCGGGGUUUCCUGGCCCCCCAGGCAUCCGUGGCCCCCCUGGCCCGCCCGGCCCCGUGGGGCUGGCAGGGGUGCCAGGGCCGCCGGGGCAGAAGGGCAGAGCCGGCCAAGCCUCGGAGCAGCCGCGUCCCGCCUUCUCCGCCUCCAGGCUGUCCCCGCCCCGCAUGGGCUCCACGGUGGUGUUCGACAGGGUCAUCACCAACCAGGAGAACGCCUACAACCCCCAGACCGGCAAGUUCACCUGCAGCAUCCCCGGGCUCUACUACUUCGCCUUCCAGGUGGUGUCCAGCGGGGACCUGUGUCUGAGCAUCGCCAAGAACGCGCAGCGCGUGGUCAGCUUCUGCGACAGCAACAGCCACGGCAUCCUGCAGGUCAACUCGGGCAGCAGCGUGCUCAACCUGGCCGUGGGUGACCAGGUGUCCCUGACCACCGACCCCGCCCGGGGCAGCUCCAUCUACAGCGGCUCCGAGGCCGACAGCGUCUUCAGCGGGUUCCUGGUGUCCCCAGAGACGGUGUGAGGGGCCCCCGCGGCACCGGGGGGUGUCUGCCUGCCUGGCUGUCCCCUCUGGGCGUGGGGGAUGCUUUAGUGCCCCGGGGCACGGGGGUGGUUCCAGACUGUCCAGAAGUGUUGUGUGCUCACACAGCUGGCUGUGGGUCACUUCUGCAGCCCUCACCUCCGUGCUGAGCCUGCCCGCGCUGUGCUGGAGGCUGUGGGCUCCCAUCCCUUUCUCCUCCUGGGCAUCCAAGCUCCACUCCCAGUUGCCACCAGCUGUGGCUCUUUGCUCCCGAGUGAGAAAUCACUGCCUGCCGCUGCUCCUGCUCCACUAACCACUGCAAAAGCCUUCCUGGCACUGGGACACGUCCAUCCUUUCACAGCCUCCCCAUUAGUAUAAAUAAAUGCUUCUUCUACCGCUG